AUGACUACAACAACAGAGCCAGAAGAUUCUAAAGCAGUAGCAAUUCCUCCACCAUUAGAGGAUUUUGUACCUAUUGCACCAACAAUUAAGUUCUAUAAUUACCAAAAAUUAAAUGCAACGUCAAAAACUAUACGUAAACUACAAGAAGAUUUAAUGAAUUUCAAGCAAUCAGAACAUGUACCUGAAGAAACACCAAAAUUUAAUAAGAAAGAGACAUCAGCUGAAACUCUAACUGAAGAAAGCGAAAAUACUCAAUCAGAGCAAAUCGAUACUGUAUCAUCAGAUAUAUUAGAGACUGUUCCUCCAUUUGCUCCAUCAUUUGAGGAGAAAAUAAAUACAGAUAAUGAAGAAUUAAAAACUAUAUUAAGAAAUCAAACAUUAGAUCGAUUUAAUGCAGCAGAAGAGUUUUCAAAGCAGGAAAGUAUGCUGAUGUCGAACUAUUAUGAUGCCCAAGUUCGUGAAAAUAUGCAAAGAAACGAACAAGUUGAUAAACGACCAAUUUCAGAUGCUCUAAGAUAUGUUUCGAAGCGAAUCUCAUAUCCUUCUGAAUAUACUGUUCAGCGUUUUUACAAAUAUAACUUUAGAUGUGAAAAGAUUACUAAGAAACAUAAAAAAUCACUUACUAAUCUCCAUAACGUUCAUGAUCAGAGGAGCGAAUCUCUUUAUCAGAGUCAACUUCAAGAAAUAAUCGCAUUUAGCGAUUUUAACAAAAUUAAAUUGCCGGAUUACAAAAUCCAAAAGCUUCCUUCGAGUUCACCUAAUGAAUGA